AGCAGCCAACCCUAAUUUCCUGAGCAUGUCUUGGCGCAUUCUUGAUUGAACUUUAGAGCAAAUUUUUGGAUUAUUGAACGAGAAUUUGAGAUUCUUUAUGAUUUUUACUGUUGAAAGGGGACUUCUUGUUCUUUCAAAACCCCAUAAUUAUAUAUAGACACUCUUGUUUAGUCACAUUUCACAAAUGAUAUCUUGUCUCUUCUUUUUAUUCAGUAGGGUUUACUUUAUAUCCUACCUUGCCUCUCUUUCAAUUCUAAUAAUCUUUAUUGCUUCCCAGUUGUUUAAAUUUGGUGUUUUUGAUCAUCAGUCUUUACCUUUCAACUUUUUAAUCAUACUCUGUAUUUUUGUUUUGGCUCCUUCUCUCACAUAUCACCAUGACUGAUCCUUAUCCCAAUUGCUUCAAUGGAUGGUUCAAUCUCAAACCAUUUAGCCACUUCUCUUCCUCCACCUCCACCUCCACCGCCGCCGCCUCCACCUCCACCUCCACUCCAGAAUCUCUUUAUACUUUUAGUUACAUCCAUUCCACGAGUAGUUCCAACAACAAUUCUUUGUAUUAUACACAGUACGAAUCCUCACCCCCAUCCCCACCUAUAAGAGAAGCUCUUCCACUUCUAAGUUUGAGCCCAACAAGGGCGGUAUCGCAACACUCAUCUUGCACUGCCAUGGAUUUGGACAAUAAGAAAUUAGACAAUGAAAAUCAGGGUUCUGUUUAUCCUGAUGAUGAUGAAACUGUUACUUUGGCUUUAAAUUUAAGGCUUCCUACUCCUGAUGCUGAUUUGAUUUCAAGAUUCAUCUCAUCCACCUCAGCUGAAGCAAAUUAUAGUAAUGAAGAUGUUACAGUGGCUAAUGGAUAUUCCACAAGUCCCCUCAACAAGGGUCAGUAUUGGAUCCCAACCCCUGCCCAGAUUCUGAUGGGCCCCACUCAAUUUUCUUGCCCUCUUUGCUUCAAGACUUUCAGUAGAUACAAUAACAUGCAGGUAUGCUCACAGUGGUUCAAAAAGCUCUACCUUUCCCUUUUCGCAUGUUUGAUUAACUCAACCUCGAAUUUUGUUAAAGAAAAAAUGAAGUUAAAAUCUUAUCCUGGAAAUUCUAGCUAGUUUAAUUUCAACCUUUCAUUUCUUUAUUCUUUUUAAAUUUCAGAAUGAUCUGUGCUUUAUCCUCACCUUUUUCUUCUUAUUCCAUUUAAGCAUCUUUUAACUAAUUAAUAUUUCUUUUUCUUCUCUUUAUUAUGGUACCGGGUUUUUGGGAUCUGGGAAAUUUUUCUGGUCCAACUGAAAACCCGCUCAGUGCAUAACUUUACUUGAUUGAACAACACAACCAUUAUGCUUUUUGUCAUUGAAGUUUGUAUUUCAGACAUUUGCAGGUGAAUAUUAAUUCCAGUUCUUUCCGGUUUCAGAUGUAUAUAUGACAAUCUGAACACUCUACCUUAAUACAGCAGAACAACCUCAGAAUAUUCCAUAAAUUUUGUUGCUUUCUGAGUGAUCAAAGAUUCAAGAUAUCUUUUACUGCUCAAAACUGGAAAGCCCUACACAUAGUAUUGCUUUGUUUGUGAAUCAGAAACUGAGUGUGGCAAACGGAACCUAUACAAGAUUAUCAUAUUCUGGGAACUGGGAAGAUUUCUCAACUCACCUUAUAAGUAGCA